UAUAGCUGUCAAAUUACGUCUCACAUAGUUGUGAUGUAAAUCGGAUAAAAGUGAAUCGAAAAGAGAGUUUUGUUUGACGAAAAUUUGAAGAAAAUCCUUAUUAGAAGCGACUUAAUCGCUUUUAGUUUGACUUGAAAAAUUUGUAGUAUCUAGUACAAAGAGUAACCAAUGUGAGAAAAUGUCAUCAAAAAUUUGCUUUCAAAACCAAUUAUAAUUGUUAAAAUAUCAAAGAAAAUGUUUAGAUUUGUUCUAAAUGGUAGUUUGCAACAUAAUAAAAGCACCUUGAUUAGAUCAAUUUUGUAUUCAACGAAACAAUUGCCCAAAAAAGUUCUGGCAACCGAACCGAAAGCGAUUGAUGAUCUUAAGCCGCAUCACAAAUAUGGUGGAAAUGAAAAAUAUUCAUCAGAUCAAUUGCACACAUUGAAAACGGUGAGCUUUGACGAAAUUCGUGUGGAAACUAUUGCACAAGAAAUACCAAAUAUCGUUCAAAAUGCAGCGGUGGUUGAACAGAAGAAACCGAUCAUCAACUGGGAACCAACACCACUAAGUGACUCAUCGAAGUUGAUAAAUCAAUAUUUGAUGCUAUCGAAAAUUCGUUUAACCACUUUGGUCGUUAUAACGACAAUGGUGGGAUAUGGAAUAGCUCCCGCUCCAUUCGAUCCAUCCACGUUUCUGUACUGCACAGUGGGCACUGGUCUAUGUUCAGCUGCGGCGAAUGCUGUAAAUCAGUACCAUGAAGUUCCAUUCGAUGCCCAAAUGGCACGAACGAAAAAUCGAGUUCUCGUCAGAGGGCAACUGACACCGUUGCAUUCAAUCAAUUUCGCAAUUGCAUCGGCUUUAAUUGGAAGUGGUCUGUUAUAUUUUGGAGUGAAUGGAUAUGCAGCCGCACUAGGGGCAGGCAAUUUGUUUCUAUAUACCUCAGUUUAUACGCCAAUGAAGCGAUUUAGUAUUUUAAAUACAUGGGUGGGAUCUGUCGUGGGCGCAAUACCUCCAGUCAUCGGCUGGGUUGGUUGUAGUGGUGCGUUUGAGCCUGGUUGUUUUCUAUUGGCAGCGUUGCUUUACUCAUGGCAAUUUCCUCACUUUAAUGCACUUUCGUGGAAUUUAAGACCGGAUUAUUCAAGAGCUGGAUACAGAAUGAUGGCGGUCACAGAUCCAGCACUCUGUCGGCGAACAGCAUUGAGGCAUACGGUCGCAUUGAGUGUUUUCUCAGCAUUGGCUCCAGUACUUGAUGUAACCAAUAUUUGGUUUGCUCUAGAAAUGCUGCCGUUAAAUGCGUACUUUAUUUACUUAGCUUACAAAUUUUAUCAAAAAUCUGACAGUGGAAGUUCACGGAAAUUGUUUCGAUUCUCAUUGAUUCAACUACCAGUUUUAAUGAUAUUGUUCUUUGUAAAUAAGAAAGAAUGGAUAAGCAAGAAAGAGACUAUAGGAAAAUUAACUGCAGCACCAUUAGCAACUGAUGCAUCAGCCAUGAUUGCACCAACGAUAAAAGCUAUUCUGUAAAUAGAUUAUCACUUAUAGAAUAGGUUUUUAAAAUAAAGCAAUUGUAGUAUAUAUUUGAAGAAAAAAGCCUUUUUCUGAGA